CGGUUGCAUCGUGUCGCUUCGUGGGAGCCGUUCGCACGAUCGUCAAGCAUACGAGAGGAGAGAGCCAGCGCGCGCGCUCGCCGCUCUCUCUCCGCCGCCCAUCUCGGCUCGCGGUGUUCGCUCGGCCGUUGUGCCGCGCUGCGCCGCGCCGAACCGAAUUGCCGUCGCGCGCGUCCACGGGAUACGCCGAGUGCUUGCGAGUGCCGACGCGACGAAGGGACGUCGUCCUCCAGCAUCGACCGUGUGUGUACCGUCGAGAAAAGAACGGAGGCAAGGAGAACGCACGGGCGGAAGUAGGAAACCCGUCGACGGCGGACGUACUCUUUUAUUGCUCCCUCCUACUAUCGUUCUCUCUUUCUCUCUUCCUCCCUCUUUUCUCCCCAUCUCACUCUAUCUCUCUUUGACUCCCCGCAGCUCGCGCGCUCUCUCUCUCUCUUUCUCACUCACUCUCUCUCGCUCACUCCCUCUCUUUCUUUCUUGCUCUCUCUCUCUCUCUCUCUCUCUCUUUCUUCCCCUCACUCUCGCUCGUUCUCUUUCUCACAUCGGUCGGUCGGUCGGUUCUCUCGUCGACGGCCGUCGGGCCGCGCCGCGUCGGGGAGCCGCGUCCAAGCGAGCGAGCAACAUCGAGAGAGCCGCGCCUCCCGGAGACUCGCCCCGGAGAGCGUGUGUUCCUGUCGGCCGCCAAAAACGGCGAUUCACAUCCAGUGACAGUGAUGUGUGUUGCUCCAGUGCUGUGCCCGGUUACUGUCGCCGUUUUCGUGGCCGUUCGCGUCGGGAGCACACUGCGCGCAUCCUGUGACUGUGACCGUGACUGCCGUGCCGUUACAAGCGCGCGGAGCCGCAGCUAUCGUCGCCGCGAUGUGCCUCGCCGACGUUGCCUUCGCCUGCGAGAUGCGUUGUUUUAGGCCCGAAUGAUGACGCUAGGUGAUCCCACGGGAAAGCAUGAGGGAAAGGACACCCUCCGCCGACGACACCCCGAAAAGGGCUCCACCGGCACCAACCAGAGAGGCGGCAUCGACGGACGUAGUUGGUAGCGGCGAGACACCGAACGACGACCCGGUUGAGGGUUACCGUACGGCGAAGUUGUCCGUUUCCUCUGCAUCCUGCACUACGGCGUCAUCUGACAUGGUGGCGUCGACACAGAGCCUAGACGACCCUGGUGUCAACCAUCCAGCCAACGCGAGCAGCGGCGAUCGCCAGCAGCACCAGCAACAACAACAGCAGCUGCAGGAGCGUUACGGUCACGCCUACAGAUCGACUCAGACCGCCCAGGACAAGCGAUCUCGGCUCAGCAACGUGAUCAACAACUUGCGCAAGAAGGUACCGGACGGAGCUACCAGGAGCACGGCGGCUCUCGACUCGCCGAGGGAGGAGGAGGACGACCGGAGUAGCGUCGAGAGGAACCUAGAAAACCUGCAAAAGUAUAUGAUGACGAUGCUUAGCGACGUGAUCGAUGAUGACGACGAGGAGGACAAGGAGGACGUCGUGGGUGGCAAGAACGCGGACAAGACGAAGGAGCCUUCGGGCGAGGGCGAUAUCGAGGCUGCCGUUGUGCCGCAAUUGGACGACACCACGACGAUCGGCUCGGGCGGCACGGAAAAGAACAUCGAAUCCUUAGAGACAGUGGGUUGUUCGGAAAUAAUGGAAGCGACGAGGGAGAGUGUCGAAGAUUCGGAAGUUAGAAUGGAACAGGAGUCGAAGGAACCUCUCCGACAAACGGAGGAAAGACGUGUAGAUGUCGACGAGAAAGAAUCGUCGGAUAGCUGUGAUGAAGGGAACCGGGAUGUUCCACGGGAAAAGAAGGAGGCUCGAACUCUGGACACGGUCGUGAUAGACAGAUUGAGCGAGCAUCAAGCGGACGAAAGGGCGAACGUCGACGAUGGCAGAGGGGGAGACGAGGAGCACGAAGAUGCGAUGUUGCAAAGAAUCUGCAAGGAAACGUUACAUGACCUAGUGAGUAAUAUCGAGAUGAAGGAGAAUGCGACGAAAAAGACCAGUCAAGAGCUGUUUAUGACUAGUCUACACUGCAGUCUCCCCUUGGACAAGGUCGUGUCCGUGCUUCAGAACUGUCAGAAAGGCGAGUCGCUUAUCCCGCGAGUACCCUCGCCGUCUUCGAGCUCGCCGUCCACAGCAAGCAGCGUGGCGCAGAGUUCGACGCAGAAGCCGUCGCCGUCGAAAACGUCGCCCACCACCGCUCCAGUCCGGUUACUCUGUCUGUACUGCGACAGGAAGUUCUUGUCUAUAUCCUUGCGACAGAGACACACCGAGAGAGUGCACCAACUCGGCGGUGGCAGGAGAUCAGAAAGAAAUCCUCGAAAGCCUUCUCAAAACUGCCAGUAUUGCUCGAAGAGAUGCGCUGACACGUUAGAAGGACUGUUCCAACACAUGGUCAGCAACCACGAGGACAAGUAUCACGCGUGCGUUCAGUGCUCGACGAGAUUUCCCACCCGGGAGGCUUUGAUGGGGCAUACGAGCGAGAUACACGGCAAUGGUGUCGAGAAGACCGCUCAGCCGGAAAAAAGCAAAGAAGGCUCGCCCUGCAAGGAAUUCUGCGGCCAAAACGUCCGCGACAAGGCGAACGUGUCGUCAGUCAGAGAGAGAAGACCUGAAGAGAGCGAAUCAGAGAGUCAAGGCGACGCUCGAUCGGACAGCGGUCGAACGAAACUCAUCGCGACGCUAGAAUCCGUUGAUAACAAGCCGGCCAGUCCCGAGUUCGACAGUUCCUUCUACACCAACGUGAGCUGUAACAUUCGCGAGAACCUGCUUCACCACCUGGAUGGUAAGCUGCAGCAAACGAUAAGCAGCUUGUCGUCGGCAUCCACGUCUGUCACCACCGCCGACACAACGACGACGACGACGACGACGACGAUGACGACGACGACGACGACGACGACGACGACAACGAUGUCGACAACGACGUCGACGACAACGACGGAACCGAAGUUGCAGCAGCAGCAGCAGCAACAACAAACGCAACAGUCUUACUACGAGCACAGCGUUAAUCAGAUUCAAUUUCCCAUCGACAUUUCGCUGACCGCGGCGACGCCGGUCUACAGUAAAGAUUACACGACUGAGGAGUACGAGAACUCGAGUGAGUACGCUCGUAAAGCCGGUAAGACCAGUAGCGGAUCGCGACCGCGCAGAGUCUCCUUCGAGAAGUACAAUUUUCCGCGGAAGUAUGACGGCAGGGGUCAAGGCUGGACGUGUUCCAUUAAGGAUCUCAGCAACUUCGACAUUUCCACGCAGCUGUUGCUCAGUAAGAAGCAACAGCUGAUCAAAGAGCGCCUCACUAUUAGCAGGGUAGGUCAGACCUCCGUAUCGCCGCCUAGCGAGACCAUCGAAGUGCGGGAAUCGGAACAGACCGAAUCUGUUAUCGAGUCGGCGACGACGAUUAAACAGGAAAGCACCGAGGACGGCUGUACAAUCGACGCGAUCUGCUGUGACCUCGGUGAACCGCCUCCAUGUGAAGUCAAGCAGGAGUCGACGACGGUGAUGACCGUGGAAUCAUGCAUCACGUCGCCGAGUUCGACCAAGUCUACGGCAACUACCACAGAGUUCAACACCGAAUUCGCGGAUUUUAUGAAAGUGAUUAGACGGGAACAGAGCGCUAAUGAGGCCGCCAGCACCCAGGAGGAAGUCGUACACGCAGAGUUGAGUGGCGAAUGGGCGAGACCGCGGAUUUACAUCUGUGGCGCUUGCGGCUCUAGACAUGUGACGCUGAAGGAGAUGGAGGAUCACAAGGUUUCCACGCAUCUGCACGUGCUGUGUUCGCACUUCGAACUGGUCGGUGACCAACGCGAACACUACCAACACCUAUAUCUGCCGGGUCGCGAUGCGCCCACCGAAGAGGCGCAACACGCUACCUCGCCGACGGAGACGACAUGCACCAAGUGCGCGAAGACCUGCCAUGACACCGCCGAGCUGCAUAGACACAUGCUGGAGUGCGGCGGCGAUCACGCUUGGCUACUCGGUCUCACCGGCAGCGGCAAGAAGAAGUGCAAGUGGCGGCCGUUCGGCAGCCGCAGCCGCAGACGUCGUCAGCGCGGCAUGAAGAGGAGUAUCCAAAACUCGCAGAGCUCGUCGCGAGUCAGCACGCCCAAGGAGAGACAGCAGCCGACCGGCCCCCGAGUCCGGCCGAGCGACCGGGAAAGCAUCCAAAAGAUGCUAGCCAAUCUACCGCCUAAGAGGGCCACGAGAAAGAUCCUGCAAGACAACGCGCUAAGGUCCCAGGGUAGACUUCGUAAUGUGCAGACCAGAACGAGGCCCCGUAUAAUCGGCGAUAACUCGUCCGCUUCACGAAUUUCACGCAACAAAGCGGUCUUGAGGAACAAGCUGCUGAAGAACGCCAAGUCGAUCCAGCGGAAUCGUUGUCGAAGCGACAACAUAUCCGCGGUAAUCGAGAGCGUCGUAAGGAACUAUCAAGAGAACGACAAGAAAAAACUGCACGAUGACGACAGCGGCAAAAACGCUGAAAGCCAGGGGAACGGAAGUAAGGACGCCAAAGACAUCAACGAGAGCUCAUCGAAGGCCGGCAGGGCUUCCGAAGUGGGCGAUCGGCCUGUUCGAUCGAAAGUCAUGGGUCGACUCAAAGUCCUCGGUAAGAGGAGGAACGUGAAGACGAGAACCGGCCCGAUCGGGAGCUCGUCGCGACUUCCAGGCAGAAACGCCAACAAGCUGGCGAGUUUCAAGGCUAGGAACAAGUUCAAGAGCGUCGCCACGUCGCAGACGAAGGCCGAUGCGAGCGGCGAGGAGGUAUCCUCUCCAAAGAGCACACCAAAGAACGCGAAGAUGACACAGAGAGCACUCGACAUGGAUGACAAUGUCAGUGCUGAUGGUAAGAAAGCAUUGACAACUCCUAGCAAGAACAAAUUGCCGUCGCAGGGUGCAUCAAAGAGAAAACGUCCCGUGGACCCAGUGGCGUCGCUGAAUGCUUCCAUCAAGGCGAAGUCGCAAUUGCGUACGCAGGAUGGCAAGUUCGCACGCAAUCCGAACAAGUCAGAUUCACCGGCGAAAUCACCAGACACAAGAACGGAAAACGAAGGGAAACAUAACAAAAUUGCCGACACGACGGAGAUCAAACUGAAACCGAGGGCGGCGCAAAAAUUGACGAAGAGAGUCGAGCUUCAGUCACCGCGAAGAGUCACCCGGCUGUCGUCGGACAGCGAUAAGAUGCCGACCUUGGAACCAGCCGUGCAGAUUUCCUCCAAUGAGGACUAUGUCAACAAAUCGACGAACGACUUGCCGAUUUUGUCGCCGGUGACGCCAUCGGUGUCCCUUCAAGAGCAGAAAAUAUCACCACGAAACACUACAAAGUUCAGCUCGACGACGAAGGAGAAGGAGAGCGAUAUAGAGACCGACGGUGAUCACAAAGCUGUGUUGGAGAAGCCUGCGAAAGAACAGAAGUUAACGAGAGGGAGGAGACCGAAGGAAGAGACGAAAGACACGGCAAAGCGGAAGGAAAUCGAUACAAUUGAGGAGAAGGAGACCUCGUCCUCCAAGAAUAACUCUAAGAAAGAAGGAAGAACGAGAAACAGAAAGAGUUCACCCAUCAAAAGCACUAAUGCCGGCGACGACAAGAAGGAAGAGACGAGCAACAAAAGCGAGACGGUCGGCAAGAGAGACUCCAAAUGGAAAAAGGAAGAAUCAUUGAAGGAGACUCGAAGUAAUUCGAAGACUAAACUGGAGAAAGACACCGUGAACCUGUCGAACAUCCCCUUCGAGGUGAAGAAGUUGCUGGGUUCAGCCAGCAAAGAAGAUCUCUUGAACACUUUGGAGCUUGCGACCAACGAUAGUGGUUUGAAACGCAAUCUCCGACAAUCAACGCCAAGGUCAAGCGAGAAGAUCGCGCGAGAACUCGAUUGUGAAUUGGAGGGCUCGAAGAGUUUGACCAAGAAGGAAAAGCUUGAACCAAUUAGAAAGUCGACUCGAAGAAACAACGAGAAAAGAGGGGACGAUAAAGUGAAAGCGAGUUUGGAGAAGGACGCGGUUAACAACAUGGUGAUGAGCGAACGAGUUCAUCAGAAUAGAAGAGGGGACGGUCGAACAGGCACAAAAACGAAGGAGAUUGCGAUUGACAACCCCGAUGUCGAAGGUAAGAUCGACAGUAGACAGACGAUAACGUCGUCCACCUAUUCUCGAUCUAACUCCCGAUCGGCUGACGCCAAAAGUGAACCUUCCGCGGAAGUCGAAAGUGAUAGAAAGGGAAAUGAAUUGUCGGGGAAACGUCGCGGACGAAACAAAUCGCUUGAAAAAGCAGUCGUUGAAACUGAUACUGCCUGUGCGGUGGAGGAAGAACAGAGUCGUGAGGAAACUGUUACGCCAAGCGAAAAGGAGACCAGCAAAGAAGUGGAGAAGAAUAUCGACAAGGUCGACAAGAACGACAAGGUUAGCAAAAGCGACAAGGUCGACAAGAGCGACAAGGUUAGCAAAAGCGAUAAGGUCGACGAGAGCGACAAAGACGACAAAGUUGACAAGAGUGAUAAGGACGACAAGGUUGACAAGAGUAACAAGGACGACAAAAACGAUAAGGAUGACAAGAUGAACAAAGGCGACAAGGUGGAUAAGGAUGAUAAGAUGGACAAGGACGACAAGGAUGACAAGGACAACAAGGAUGACAAGGACAACAAGGAUGACAAGAGCGACAAAAUUGACAAGGACAACAAGGAUGACAAGGGCGACAAGAUUGAUAAGGACGAUAAAGUUGAUAAAGACGACAAAGUUGAUCAGGACGACAAAGUUGACAAAAACAGCAAGAACGACGAAGUUGACAAGAAUGACAAGGUUGAUAAGAGCGACAAGAUCGACAAGAAUGAAGAUGAGAGCCAGGAGGGUGACAACAAUUCUGAAAAUCUCCAAGAUUCAGCGAUGAUAAAUUUAAGUCUGAGUCAUUUACUUGAGACAAGCAACUCCGUCGACAGUGGCAAGGAAAACUCCUUGGAAAACUCCGUGAACAUUCAUAAGCUGAAAGCGACAAGACCAAGAAAGGGGACGCGACGAGAGCGAGCGUCGAGAAAGAGAUCACUGAGCAAUGUCAUCGGUAUUCUGACAGAGGGUAUGAACAUUCCGGUAGAAGCGCAACAAAGCGUGGUGUUGACAGUGCAGACCAGUUUAGACAACGAUCCAGAUCGAUUAACGCGCAAUGGCGUCGUACAACAGCCGACCGGCGAAGGCAACGUGGUCGCAGUAGACUCAUUCAGCGAACUGGUUCUUGCCAGGGGUGACGAGUCGUCGGAGAAUGAAGUCGUGACAGCGAACGCGACUGCCGGUCAUCAUCACGCGGACGACAUUGAGAGAAACAGCCAUUCUAGUCUUUGCAAGCCGCAGGACGACGAAAAUGCCUUCCCCAAUCAGAAGAUAGACAUGUCGCCGAAAGUUACGAGCGUUAAAGCGCAUUCACCGGCUAACGAUAUCAUCCUCGACUUAUCCAGAAGGAAGCACAAGAGUAAAGGUGGCUCCUUCCUGGAGAAGAUCGUGUCGAAGAUAGCUAAGCAGAAAGACGCCCUGUUGGAGGGUGAAGUUGGCUCUUUGCUGGACACUGCGGCCGACGAGUUGACCAGCAUUCUCGACGAAGUCGGGCCGGGCUUGACUGAGAACAGAGAAAGUCCCAGUGAGGUGAGCAACAUUAAAAGUGCAAUAAAUACGUUUUCUGAUGUCGAAUGUGCGACCAAUUUACUGGAGAUUCAAGACAGCCUCGAAGAAAGGUUGCCGGAGAAGACUGAGACGCAGAGCGAGAAUCAAAUCAAGACGAGCGUUGUUGCGGAUAGCGAAAUGAAGAUCAACGAUGACGUGGACAAAAAACUAAGCGAUGCGGUAAAUGUCGUUGAGAAUUCAUUGUUCGAAUCUUGCGAGAAUCAAACAACAUUGAACGAGGAAGCGAUUGUUCCGACGGAGAUACCAAGUGCGGUCCCAUCAGCAAUGACAAAUACUUCGGCAGAAGUUUUCAGUUCGCCAGAUGCAAUGCAAAAAAUAAGUUCAAAGAAAGUUGAGGAGAAGGAAAACGGCAGAAGAUCCAGGAGGAAAUCCAGAAAAAAAUCAAAUGCAAACUCACCGAAAAAAAGUAAAGGCAGAUCGAUAAAAGUCGCCGAAGAACAUAUUGAAGAGAAUACGAAGGAACUUCGGGUUGACGACAUCAUCGACAAAUCAGAAGAAACGACCAACAUUGAAAAUGAACUCUUGGAAAAAGAUGCAAUUUUAAAAACUCCGAAUGCAAACUUCGAAAUCGAACAGAUCCAAAGUAACGAAGAUAAAACCAAAGAUGAACCGGCGUUGUCGAAUCUGGAAAAGAACAUCACGGAUGAUUGUAACGAAUCAAUUUUGGAAAAAUCUGCUGAUCUUCCAGAAGCCGCUUGCGAAAGUACAAAGGAAUUAACGACUAACCUUGAAGAACCUGUAGACGAGAUUACGUCGGACAACACCAUUACCGACGUUCAAUCGACACACUCGAUCGAGAUCUAUGCUGAUUCUUCGGAAAAGAGUGUUAAGAAUAGAAAAUCUGCAGAAAAAACUCAGAAGAAAAACCAAAUUGACACAAACGAACCUGUGUCUAGACGUACGUCGAAGAGAAAAUCGCAAUCCGCUUUAUCCUUUCUUCUUCUAGAUACUGCUAUAGAAGAGACAGAAGAAGAAAUACCGAUUUUGUCAUCCACUACGAAAGAAGGAGAAUCCUUAGGAUCGAUCGACGAACAUUCGACGAAAACAAAUAGUAUCAUCAGCCAAGAUCCAGUUGCUUCUGCAGAGAAUUCCUUACCUUCAAUGGAGGAAGUAUCCAAGAAACAUGAAGAAACACAACCAACUGCCAAAUCAAGCAACCUUGUUAAUACGGCAUCUCCAAAAGUGGUAAAGAAGAAGCGUGGAAGAAAGAAAAAAUCAUUAGCAGAUGAGCAUCUUGACCUACCGGAUGACGAACCUACAGAAGUCGCUUCGAAACUAAACGGACAACCAAGUAUCACAGAUUCCAACGAAUUAUCCGUGAGCUUGGAGCAUUUCAAAGUGCCGGAAGUGUUGCAAAGCGCGAAGAAACGUGUGGGCACGAAGAGAAAAUCGUUGCACGAGGACGGCCGCUGGAAUGGCGGCGGCGUUGCCGAAGAGACUCACGCGAACGAAGAGCCACGCAUGAGUGAUGUUAGCGAGACUUCCAGCAUAGUCGAGAAACCUGAAGAGGCAGAGAAAACGGAGAAAAAACGCGUUGUAGAGAAAGAAUCCAGCACAAAAAAACUGGAGAGAUCGAAUUCUUCCGACUCGAUUGGGCUCGCUACGUCUUCGAGGACAAAAUCUACGUCCCGUAGGAAACAACAGUUAUCGAACGAGGAUCUCGCCGAUUCCGAAAUACGCGGUCAAAGUGUGGAUAGCACGGACGACCUAUCUGAGAGCUCAUGUACCAGCGAAUCCAGUUACUUCCGCAAGAAGCGCUUCGCGAAGAAGAAGAAGAAAGAGGAAGACAACAACGAGUCAGCUGGCAAAAAAUCGCCAACCGACUCUUCUGUUGCAGACCCGAAAUCAUCGAGCGACGAUAAACGAAAGUCAAAAGAGUGGACGACGUCGUUGCUCGACGAGCACCUGGAUCUCUCCGAUACAGAUGAACUCGACGUUCCGGUGGAUAUCCAAAUGUCAUUGGAGAACACGAAGAUAUUGGAAGAAAUCGACAAAGAGCUCGAAUUGCCUGAGAAGUCAUCGGGUUUACCGGACGGAAGCGCAAAUGAAACAACCAACGCGGUGGCGGACGAAGCUACGACGGACAACGACUCGUCCGUCUUGAAGCAAACGUCAGAGAAUUGCGACUCUUUGGAUGAUCCAGUGGCACCAAAGAAACGUGCGGCUGGUAACUUCGUGGUGGUGCACAGGAAAACCGGCGAGAUCCUCAUUGUGGAGAAACGAAAGAAGCUGACAAAAGAGGCGGCGAGGUUCUUCUGCGACGUGUGCGCCACUAGCUUCACUCGUAAGAGCUCCCUGAAGAAACACACGCAGUCUCAAUCUCAUUUGUCGCAGAUAUCGAAAUCCGCCAAGGUCGAGAAAGUUGAACUAGCCAACGAUAACAGCAUAUCCAAGAACGUCGAGGAGACUAACGAUUGGAAGGAUGAUGAAACGAGCGAACAACAGAUGAAGAGUGCAGAAGAUACGCAGAAACUCGGCGGGAAUUCUCUGGAACCAAACGAGAGCUAUGCUGCUUACACAACUAAUGCGGAAUCGACGAACUCAUUCAUGGAUCUUCGCACGACGAGGCAACAAUUGGAGGACGAGUUGUUGGACGAAGAAAUCUGCAAGAUCACCGAGAACAUGAGUCACGACGAAUAUGUAUUGACCGAUCACAUAACCCCGCAGCCACCAGAGGCAUCGUCGACCCCGGUAAAAACAUCGGCUCAUCAGAAGAACGAAGAGAAUCUGACGCGACAUCGGAACGGUGAGAAGAAACGGAAUAAGUCGAAAAAGAGAAAUCUGGCUGAGGAACAUUUGCUCUUAGACAGUCCCAUAUUUGAUAAGUCUAAGAUCAACUCCGACAAACUUCCAAAUCCGGCCAAUAACGUCAUACGAGUCUCUUCACCUUUACUUCAUCGUUCUUCACCUCCACUUUCCCUCUCUUCACCUACUUGCGAACAUAGCACGCUAAAAGAAAAAAUGGCGGAAGAAACAGAAAAUGUACCUGAAGAAAUUCCUGCGGAUUUCACUAAGAUGAAGGAUCAAGCCGAGUCGACCGUAAAGAACUUGAUCGAAGAAAUAGAAUAUUCAAAGUUAUCGACCUGCGACAUCGAGACGAAAGAUGAAGAGCGGAUGGAACCAGUGAGAACGACAAGAAGAAGCGCAUUGAAGAAAUCCUCCAAAGUGUAUAACGAGGGAAAAGAAGAGAAUCAACCUUCCCUCGAUGGCGACACAUCCUCAAGUCGCUUCAGUCUGAGACCCAGAAGAAGCAAAAAGAUCCAACAUUAUGAUGAAUCGGACGUCGAUAUGUACUUUAUGGACAAUUCCAUGGAGAUAAACGGCGAUGAAACAGGCGACAAUCACGAUGCGGAAAUGAAACUGAACGAAAUGGAAGUGGAAACCGGCAAGGACGAAUUGCAAGAGACAACGGAGUCGCGCAACAAGGAGCACGUUGAUCCAUCCUUCGAAGACGUGACGGUUGCAAGACCGAAGCCAGAGCCGACGAAAACUGGCAGAAAGCGUGGCAGGCCGAGACUGAAAGAUCGAGGCGUUCCGAAUGCGAGUGUCGCUACAGUUCCUGCCGCAGAACCCAAAACUAAUGAAGUAAACGGCAUCGUUGAAGAUGAAACACUCAAAGAAUCAAAAAUAAAGGAUCAAAAGUUAAGUUCACAUACCAAAGAGAACCUCGAAGAGACCUGCAAACCGCAAAAUCUUGAUACAAACGUGCAGCCUGUUAAACCAAAGAGAGGCAGGCCUAAGAAGAACAUCAUACAGGUCACGAAUAUUUCUUCCGUGGAAGCGGAUAAUUCCACUGUCUCCAUAUCGACGAAACUAGUUUCUGAUAAAACAGAAGAAAAAACAGAAGAGGUCGCAUCUCAUUCUGAAACCGUUGAAGAGGCUGUUCCGCCAAAUCUGGUCGAUUUUUCGGCUCCAAACACUGAACCUUUAUCUGCUGUUGAAGAUCACGUACCUGACUCGAGUUUAUCGGAAACAAAGAAGGAUCAAUUAAACGUUGAAGAGGACGAGCUUCAGCUUACCGAGCUGAACACUUCUAAGGAGCGAUCGGAGCAAGAAACGAAAAUUCUAAACGCUGAUAUCGCCUCUGAGAAAAAUAACGAAUUUCAAGCAUUUGACAUUCCAUCAGAGAAGGAUAACGUCGUCGUCGAUACACCUGAUGACGUGGAACCUGUAUUGGAAGAUAAACUAAAUUACGAAGAAACAAAUGAAAGUACUUUGAUUAAUCCGACUGAUGAACUUCAACUUAAGCUUUCAACUGAGAUUACCGAAAAAAUUCCGAGCGACGCAUCGCAACUGUUAAUCGCGAUCGACACUUUGGUACCGGUGGAAUCUAAGACAGUCGGUGAAAACGCCGAAGUUCAGGAGUCAGAAUUGGGACCGAUCUGUCAGCAGAAGCUAGAAGUCGAAAUUGAAACAAACCUAUCAAAUCCAGAAAUCAGAAGAGAAACAGAUCCAUUAGAUCCAGAAGCCAGGAGAGAAACAGAUCUGUCAGAUCUAGAAACUAGAAGAGAAAUAGAUCUGUCAGAACCGUUGGAAGACAAGCUAACAAACGAGAAGUCAGAAGAGGAAUCCUCGGAGGAGGAGACCCGCGAACCGUCCCAAAAAGAAAAAGAAGAAGUAGUAGAACCGAAGCUUUUGUCGGAAUUGGAAAAUAGCGAAGACGAAGCUGUGUUCCCCAAUGACAAAUCGGACCCCAUUGUAGAUUCUCACGAGCCGCCACCUCAAAAGACGAUAGACGAUAUUGAUGAGAAAGCGAUUCGACUAGCGGAAAAAUCUAGCAAGAAAGUGUCCAAAUCUUCUCAGUCGGCCAACAAAGAGCGAGAUGCUGAUCGUAAGAAAUCAAAAUCGUCCAAAGGUAAAGGUAAAAAAGCUACUGUGAAAGUCACAGAUUUGUCGAGCGAGAGCGAAAACGAGGAUAAGAUCGAAUCUGCUUCCUCGAACAAGAGUAAAAUCGUGAAAAGUGUAUUCGGCCGAGUGUUCGGCGGCGAGAAGGCGGACAAGGUAAAAGAGGUGUUGAACGACUGGGUGUCGAGAUCGGAGGAUGAUUCGGACGUAUCGAGGAGCGCUUCCUGCUUGCGCGGCUCGACGAAGAUCCCCGAGAACGAUCACAGGAAAGACAAGAAGCGUCACGCAAGCUCCGAUGCAAAGAAAGAUACCGAGCGAUCGGCCAAGAAGAAAAAGAAUGACAAGGGUAACAGUGCUGAUGUUCACGGGAAGUCGAAGAAUCGAAAGAAACGAGAGAAGGAUCCUAACCAGAUAUCCAAAGAUCGUUUUGAGUCACCUGUCAACCAGAUCAAACGAAAACGCAGGGAAAGUAAGGUCAGAGCAGACGAGAAGAUUCUGAAGGCCUUCGACGAUGAGCCACCGGUUCUCCUGGAGGAGAACGAUCGCGCGAUCGAAAUUAAAGAGACACGCGAGGCUAGAGAUCGAUUCCAUGACAGCCAUUCGAACGACAAAGACGAUGAAUCCGGAAGACAUCACGAAGAGGACAGGAACCGAAUUAAGGAGAGGAAACUCUCGGGCGUCGACGACUGGGAAAAUCUUCGAGCUGUCCACGACAUUCACGGAAAGUCGAAGACUAGCUCUAACUGCCGUAAAAAGCGGGAUGGUAAUACGAGAAACGAGCGUUCCUCAUCGCCGUCGCAGUUCAACGUGUUCAAGUAUAGGCGUAGGGAAGGUAAAAGCAAGACGGACGAGAAAGUUUGGAGAGCAUUUGACAACAACGGUGCUUCUUCAUACCUAUUCGACGAUCGAAACAUCCAUGAGACACGCGAGACUUCCAAAGACUGGGAUACACCUUACGAGUCCGAAGACAUGGGUCGUCCCUAUAAACGAAAGGACGAUGACGCUUGGAAAAACGCCAGUUUGGAGGAUCAAGAACAGAUCAGAGUAAGUAGCGGACGCGGAAAGUCGAAGAAAGACUCGAGCAGUCGCAAGCGACAAGAUACCGACGCGACGAGCAAGAUGGGCAAGACGAAAACAGAAGAGAAAACUACGAAGAGCUUCGAUAACGAGUUGUUGAUCGCCCUGAGAGAUCAAGAAACGAAGAACGGGACACAGGACGAUCAAAUGGCGCGAUCAACCAGCGAAUCGAGGAACCGGUCGAAGAAUCUGACUAUAGUUAAAAACAUUGGUCACGAGUUCCCCUCGUAUUGCGACUUGGUGACUUCGAAAUAUCAAGUGAGUCAAGAUCAGGAUAAGUCGGCGAUUUCCAGAAAGAGCAAAAAAGGGCAUGGCAACGAAGACUGGAGGCACCUGACGAGGAACUCGUUCGACCAGGAGGUUCUCGCGGAGGACGAUCGCCCGAGCGAAAAGGACGUCGUACAGAGGAAGAACGAGGAAUCUAUGGGAUCGUCGCGUGGCUUGUCGGGUGAAAGGCCGACGAUGAAAGACCAAACGGAUGACGUCGACGGAAAUAUUCAGAUCCGAGAAUCCGACGAAGAUGAAAACGACGAAGAAGAAGAAGAAGAUAACGAUAACGACGAUUCUGAGAGACGAAGAAUAUCGCCGUUCUAUGCGCGCGAGACUUCCGACAACUCAAUGGACAGCAGUUCUAAUAAUGAGGAAGAGGAGGAAGAUGAAGAGGAGGAUGAAGAACGUACGGCGCAGGACAAUACCAGAAAGACGAACACCAGCGAGUUCUCUGGGGAGAAGAUCGUCAUCAGGUCGCCGUCGUUGGGUCACAGGUCGGACGUGGUGACGAUCGCACCUACGGACGCGAUCGAGGACAACGCUCUGGAUGUGCCGAGGGAGAUCGAGUCGACGACCGAGCCGCGGCAAGGCAAGAUCUUGAACUUCGACGAGGAGCUCUUCGUGGAAUGUUGCUCGCGGUUGAAGGCUACGAGUGAGAACGAAUUGAGAGGCGCGAAGAAAAUCAAGCUGGAUCACACGGAGUUCUAUCACAGGCGAAACGACCAACCACAGGGAUUCAGGCCCAAUAGAGAUCGUUGGAGAGACGUAGAGAGCCAGAAUAGCCUCGGCAGUCUGCUGGAAUCGGUAAAUCAACUACUCGGCGAAGAGAUGUACAGCAGCCACGAAAGGAGCUAUCGAAUACACGGUAGUGAGCGAUCAAGCAGAUCAGCCAGUCCGGACGCGUCGCGAGCCGACAACCCUGGCUAUGAGGACAGCUUGGACGUCGCCUUCGAGCACAACAAUAAGCUGCGGGACAAGAUACAACAGAGGAUGAGGGAGAGCGAGAAUCUGAUAGCCAGCACAUUUGGCCAAAGAAGCAACGAUGAUGAGCAGAACCGUCUUGGCGAGAACAAGCGAAUCAAUUCAUACUCCUCGAAUGUUCACGAGCACUUGUCUAGCUCAGGUGCACCGAACAGAGAUCAGGAAUCAUCGCCAGGGCAAAAGAACAAGAUGAACUCCACCCUGGGUGGUCUUCUAGACAAGGCACUAUCCAACUUAUUGCACAACAACGGCAGGCAUGAUAAUAACGGGUCCGCUCCGAUGAAGCUGUUGGCGGAACUGGCGUGCGCACGUGCUCCGACAUCCACGUCGCCGGAGGAGGACACUACGAGCGGCAAGAAUCAUCAAUCGGUGAAAAUGGUCGCGGCAGCGGUGGCGGCAGCGGCAGCCGCGGCUGCAGCGGCCGCGGCCAAGGAUUCCACUUUGGAUUCGUCAAAGAAGUCUGCGAGAGACACAGCGGUAACAUUGAAACAUUCGUCGACAAAGAAGGCACGGAAUCCCAUCAAGGAGCUGUUCGAGCGUAAGAAGGAGAUCAACGACAGGAAACAGCAGGAACGUUCGAAGGCGCUCGUGGAACUGAACAGUGCGCAGCGACAGCGCAAACCGAAGAAAAGUAAGAAUCGACAGCAGCAAGAAUUCCCGCUAAUACGCAGGGACGAGUACUAUGGCGGCUUGGCUGAGAAGAAAAAACGUCGCGACUCCUUGGAACGCAAAGCGGAACCGCUGGCUGAACGAGUAAAAGAUGUCUACGAAUUUGAUGAGGAGGAGAGCCAAAUGGCGCCCACUUUGGGCAGCGUAUUGUCCUACAGAAGCCAAGUGGAGAAAAAUUACGAAAGCUGGUCGAAACUGAAGAAUGUCGACGGAGACUUCGACGCAUUCUUGGAAGACGGCAAAGCGAGCUACACCGACGCGAAGAUGAACGUGAAUUCGAUCGACCGUAAGUUCCGAGAGUUGGAGAAGUUCGCGCCGAAAACAAAGGGCGCCUUGAAAUCAUUUCAGAGCGAGGAGCAACAGCGUAUUGCCGUUUCGAUUAGCGGGCCGAUGGACGAAUUCGUGGAACGAAAGCAACGUCUAAAACGCGGCUCCGUGCAACACAGCAGCGCCAAGCAAUCCAAGUUGAAAAAGCGAGGCAAAGGCUCGAAGAAACGUGGGAAGAGCGCGUGGUACGAAAACGACAGCUCGGACGAGUUCAGGACGGCCGCGAAGACGGAAGACGUCGGUGUAGGCAUCUCAAAAAGUCAGCGUGCGUGCUCAAAGGGCAAGCAAAACCUGUUCGCCGAAUUAUCGACGUCAUCCGAGAGUGAAUACGAAUCAAUCGACAUCGGUCACGAUAUCAUGAGCGAAUCACAACAUCCGUCGAAGCCGAGGAAGAACCUGAAGAAAUCGCUCGACGCUGACGCCGACGCUGACGUCGACGACGACGCGGAUCGUAACGAACCGGUGACCAAUGAACUCGAGUUCGAAAACGAGGAUCAAAUUGCGAAUAAUUGGAGAGAGCCACCGGCGAUCGAGGAGGAAGAAGACAUCGCGAAGAAAAAGCGCGAUAACGCAAAGUCAGAGUCAGAACUGUCGGACCACUCCUUGGUGAUAGACGAGAGGAAAACGACGGACGAGGCGAAGAACAGCGACGACGACGGUGACCAUCAAUACGAGAGGACGUUCGAAUUGGACGACUUGUACAGAGAGGACAGUACGGACGCAGAAUCGGAGACCGAGGAGAACGAGACGGUGGUACCGACGGCCGAGGAACCAAAGGACACAAUCGAGAUGGAGACGUUGGAUAGAAACACGAUCUUGACGGAAGUCACGUCUACGAACAUGAAGAACGAUUAUGUGCCGGAAAAAGAAUUGAUUCCUUUGGAAGAAGCAUUGGACCUCUUGGAUCGACACGAAGAUCUCAACCCGAAAUCAGAAAAUAUACGCGCGGAAAUUGCACAAACGGAAAGCGCACAGCUCUUGAACGGUAUCAUAAGAACUAUGAUGGUGGAAGAGGAGGAAGAGGAAGAAGAGGAGGAAGAGGAGGAGGAGAAAGAAGAGAAGGAGGAGGCGGAAGAAGAGGAAGAAGAAGAAGAGGAGGAAAAGGAAGAAAAGGAAGAGGAAGCCUCUAACGACGGAAUUGCUCACGACGAAACAGAGAGCAAACAUCUCAGUCCAACAGAGACGCCAGACGAAAAGGAGGAUGCAGACGACGACGUGCCGGUUCUGCCUGAAAAACUAUCCAGCAAUGAGAAACCUCAGAAGGAGUCCGAUAAUUUGCCACUUCACGUAUUUCUCAGCAGAAAGGUGCAAGAGUCGAAGAAACGAAAGCAGCAACAAUUGGACAAACUGCGGGAGGAGCAGGAGAUGAUACUCAUGGACUUCCAGCCGACCAGGAGGCAGAGAAAAUGUGCGAUAGGCAAGCAAGGUCUGCUGGCAGAAAUAAGCAGCUCGGACGAGGAAUCCUACUCGAGAGACAACGGCAAACGAAGCAGCGACAGAUCGGAGCACGAGAACAAGCUACGUAAGAAGAGGGAAUCAAAAGAGAAAAGGAAAGAGCGAUACAUCGAGAAGAAGCACGAGCAGAUGAUCGCGAAAGAGCAAAAAGCGAUCGAAGAGGAGAUUCUGCGAGAGGUUGGCAAGAGAAAAGAGAUUCUCACGCAGAACUCGGACGACGUUAUAUCAAACACCGAUAACGCGAUCGAAACUAAAGUCGUUUCCGGACAGAUACAGAAGAAAAAACACCAGACAAAAGACAAGCAAAAGAAAAUCGACGAGGAAGAAGACGUCAAAGAAAAUACGGAGGAGCACGCUAGUCAGUCUCCUCUCGACAAUUCGGAGGACAAUCACACGUCGGAACGCGCUGUGUCGACUACGGAGAAUGCUGUGGAGAACAACGGUUGCCUGUUGUCACCACCGAAACGCAAGAAACACUCCAAGUCGCCCUCGAGAUCGAAGAAAGCGUCGAAAGCCGAAAAUGCGAAUAAUUCAGUGAACAAACAGAAAAGCAAGCAAUCGAGCGCGGAGAAGUCGAAGAACCGCGUAACGUCCACGAGCAACAAGGACUUGAAGGAGCGCAAGUCAUCUAACGGCAAACGCGAUUCCGAUGACGAGGAGCUGAAGACCACUAGGUCAUGGAACAAAGUCGAAGAGGGUGUGGGAGUAGCGAUCGGUCGGCGGAAGCGCACCGCUCCCCUUCAGUUGUAUUACUGGUCCAGCUCGAGCGACGAAGAGGAACCCGAACCGGAGCCAAUAGCCGCGCUUGAGGAGGAAGAAGAGGAUGAUCGGCAAGAGCAGCACGGCUGGAUAGUGGGCGACUCGCAUAAGCGGAUGAUCACGAUGCUGGCGAUGGAGAAGCAGCUGAAGGAGAAGCGACGCAGGAGCGAGGACGAAAUCGAGUCCGGCAAAACGAAAAGCAAGAAGCAUCGGAACAGCACCUCUUGAUACGUGUUUCACGAUUAAGGACGGCGACGUGAAUCGUCGGAUAGAGUGAAUGUGAUGACUAAGUCAUGUCAUUUUUCUAGGAAAAGUCCGGACUGAAGAUGAGAGCGCAACUAAAAGAAGAACACGAAGAAGAAGGAAGAAGAUUUUUCACCUGCAUUUGUAUCUUCGAGCGAGCGUUGCGUCUUGUAACUUUUCCGGUUCUGUUUAGAUAGAUAUAUAAUGAAAAAGAACCACGUGCGAACUAUGGCCGGGAGUUAUUUGUUGUGUUCUGUUUUGUUUUGUUUCUUCCUAUCUUUUCUCUCCCUUGUAUUCUUUUCUCAGAUCAGAUACUACAUGUUAUCGCGAACAUCGAGCGAAUAUGAGAAUGAUUUAGGAAGUAACUCUUUCCCUGUGAAUGCAGGCAGAGGGAAAGAUAUAAGAUGUAUAUAUAGACUGCUUGGCGUUAGGAUAAAAAUUAGCGAUUAGAAGAGUAUUCUGUCGCACCAUAAGAGUAUAUAUAAUUUCGAAAACUUACAGGAAUAACGCAAAUAACGCGAUAGACUGAAUGUGUGAGAAGUAGCGGAGAACAAAGUGGACACCCUUAGACAAUACUAGGACAUUUGUAACGUUUAGUUAUAUGUAGGGGAAGUCCCUCGCAACGCGGAUAGAGACGAGAAGUGAGGAGGGAGACAGGGAAUGAAAAUCAGAGAUUCAGCCAGCUGCUUACUUAGGAAUGGACAACGUAAAGCCGGGUCCAAUCGAGUUUAGCGCUUCUGCCAGCUUUUCGUAAUUUGUGAAACGUAUUCCUCCGUAUUCUUGCAUAUUCUUACAUAUUCAUACGUAUUCUUACAUAUCGCAGGGUGGACGAUACCGAGGAUAUCCUUAAAUGUUUGCUCGAGCGAAUAAAACAGGCGAACUUCUUUUGAUUUUCGCACGUUGUUUUUACGAAUUUUCUAGAUCUCAAACUCGCGCGUUCGGCCGUAACGGGGCCACCUUUAGUCGAUGAAAAAUAUAAAAAAGAAGAAGAAGAUAUAUGCAAACGCGCGAUACACGGACGUGAUUCUUUUUUCUUUCGUACUCGCCUCGUGCACAUAGACGUAAGUAUGUAGAUUUUCAUAUAUUACAAGAAGAAACGUUAUACAUGUUACACGCAAGCGACAGAAAUGAUUAAAAAGAAAAACAAACGAUUAUAGACUUUAAUGUAAAUGUACUGCCAUAAUCAUAUAUAUUAUACGAAAGCCUAUGCGAGAUAGUGGUUAAUAUUAUUCCUGUAAAGAUUUAAAAUAAAAAAAAUAUCUCUAGCACAAAAAACUAGGUAACGACCCAAUGUAAAUAGAACAUAUUUUCAAUGUGUCUGGAAAAGUAUGUUUUGUAAUAUAAGGAUUGCAAAGGAAAAUAAAAUUAUUCAACAAUA